AUGGCUGACUCAAGGAUGAAAAGCAAAGCAAAUGGUCUGAUUUCAAAGACUGGGAGCUUCUUCUCCAGGUUUUUUAUUGCGCAUUUUUGUUUUAUUUCACUGAGUGAUUACGCACCAUACUUCUAUGACAAUGGGCCACAUAGUAAUGGUAAUCUGGCAUUUUUCAGUCUUUCAGAGGACACACCAAAGGGAACGCAUAUAUAUGUUCUGAAUGGAACUGAUCCAGAGGGACAGCCUGUAAGAUAUGGCCUGGCCUUUGAUCCAGGAUCUAAAGAAUAUUUUAGUGUUGAUCCCAUAUCUGGAAUAGUUACUCUGAAAGAGGAACUUGACAGAGAGAUACAGGAUGAGAUUGAGGUCCUUGUCAGUAUUUCCGAUGAGUUUAAUAACGUAGUAGAAAAAGUGAGGGUGUUUGUGAUGGACGCCAAUGAUGAGGAGCCACGGUUUCAGAACCUGCCCUCCACUGUGGAUGUGCCAGAGAGCACACCCUCUGGGAGCAGUAUAUAUAAAGUGCAGGCUUUGGACAGAGAUACAGGCUCAGGUGGAUCUGUCACCUACUUUCUUCAAAGCACUGGCCCAAACACUAAGUUUGCUAUUGACCACUACAGUGGGGUGUUAAGGAUAAAAGAGGGUGAGGCUCUCGAUUAUGAGAGCGUGAGGACACAUUUUGUUACUGUGGUGGCAAAGGAUGGAGGUGGAAGUUAUAAUGGAAGGGAACAGGUGAUGUCAUCGUCCGCUACCCUGACAAUAAAUGUGAUUGACAGUCAGGACACGCCUCCCAGUUUUGUCGGUACACCAUACUUUGGCUAUGUUUAUGAAGUCUCUUCACCUGGAUCUGAAAUAUUCACUGUUUUUGCCAAAGAUGGAGAUGUAGAAACUCCUAAUCCAAUUGUUUAUUCUAUUCAGAGUGGAGCUGAUGGUGUAUUUGGCAUCAACAAAACAAGUGGCUGCAUCACUCUCCUAGCCUAUCCUGAUCAUUUAAGAAAGGAAAUGUUUAAUAUCCAGGUCAAGGCUUCAGAGGUGAAUUCACAGGGAAGUGUCAUGGACUUUGCUAUCACCACUGUAACUAUUCGAGUAGUGGAUCUGAACAACCACCCCCCUACAUUUUACGGUGAGAAUGGCCCACAGGACACCUUUGAGUUGACCAUGUAUGAACAUCCUCCAGAGGGAGAGAUACUGAGGGGCUUAAGGAUUACAGUCAAUGACUCAGACCAGGGUGCAAAUGCAAAGUUCAACCUAAGGCUGGUGGGGCCAGGUCAUAUGCUGCAAAUGGUCCCAAGGACUGUCCUUAAUGAAGCUCAAGUCACUUUAUUAGUAGAAGAUUCCACUGCAAUAGACUAUGAGAAAUUCCACUUUCUGACAUUCAAGAUUCUUGCAGUGGAAAUUGACACCACGGAGAGAUUCAGCGCCACUGCAGAUAUAGUCAUACAUUUGCUUGACACUAACGAUAACGUUCCAAGUUUCUCCUCUGAUUUCUAUAUUGCACGAGUCCCAGAGAACUCACCAGGUGGCUCCAAUGUUGUGUCUGUGACAGCUAAGGAUCCAGAUUCUGGUUUGUGGGGUGUUGUCAAAUACUCCAUCCACGGCCCAGGAUCAGAUCUUUUCUUCAUCCAGUCAGAUUCAGGGAUCAUCUACACUCAGCCCUGGGCCAGUCUGGACGCUGAGGUGAAAUCCAAGUACAAUUUCUUUGUUAAGGCAGAGGACACAGAGGGAAAAUACAGCCUUGCUGAAGUUUUUGUCACAGUUCUGGAUCUCAAUGAUCAUCCACCGGAGUUCAAUGAGAAUAUUUUAGAGAAAACAAUGAUUAUUGGUGCACCUGUGAAAAUAGAGGCAAUAGACGAUGAUGCAGAGGAGCCAAACAAUGUUAUUGAGUAUUCCAUCAUGAAAGCAGAACCGGACAAUAUCUUUGACAUCAAUGCAGAUACAGGAGAAAUCAAAUUGAAGCCCUACAUCAAGUCAAUGGACAUAGUUCAAAACAUCACAAAUCAGAAAGACUGCACCUGGUCUGUGGUGGUCCAGGCCAGAGACAGAGGCUCUCCGUCUUUCAGUACAACCACACUUGUGAAAAUUGAUAUCACAGAAGCAACACAACUCAAUGGCCCAUUGGCAUCCUUCUUAAUGAAAAGUAGAGAAAAUCCCAUGCAAAUCCUUGGCAUGAUUGCAGCUGUCAUUAUAGCUUUGGUUUUUGUGACAGUCUUGAUCUCUACAGCUACUUUCAUGCGUAAUAAAAAGUCUAACAAGAUCUUGCCUUCUCGACGGAUCAUCAGAAAAAAACCUAGGCAACGCAAGCAGUGGAACUUCCAUAAUCCCUUCAAACAACAGAACAAUAGUGAAAGGUUCAUGAAAGAAUCUGAGGUCGCAGAGAAUGUCAACUGUAACAAUAACAGUGUUGGUGUACAGCAGUCCCUCCCUCUUCCACCUCCACUGCCAGGCUAUUCCAGACUCGGAGAGCGGCGUUGGGUAGUGCCAUCCAUUCCUGAAACAGUGGCAAAGAGGAAGUGCUUCAGGAACAACCAGAGCCACAUCAACACAGCACUGGUUUCUGAGCUCAAAUUAAGACUUGAACAGAAGAAAUGGAUGAACCAAUGCUAG